AUGUCAAAUUCUAAGUGUGAAGGAGAAACAGCAGACAUCUCUGGAACGGAGUUAACAAAAAGAGCGAAGUAUCUAUGUAGGUUAACUGACAGUUUCUGGGAAAAAUGGCAUAAGGAAUAUCUUCUGAGUCUUCGGGAACAACAUCGUGGCUCGUUGAGCGUGACGAAAGAAACAUCUAUCAACAUUGGUGAUGUAGUUAGUGUGCAUGACGAGAACAGAUCUCGAGCAAAGUGGUGUUUGGCAAGAGUUCAUGAGCUAAUACGUAGUACAGAUGGGAAAAUACGCGCUGCUGUUAUUAGAAUUGCGGGGGACAGCAAGAAACCAACGUACAUACGGCGUCCCGUUCAGAAACUGUUUCCAUUGGAGCUUAGGAACGAACAUACCCAAAAAGAUCUCCUCAACCCGACUAAACAAAGUCCGAAGUCACUCAAGUCUUAUACCCCCUCCUACAUUACUAAAAGAGACUGUCGACCCGCAAACAAACAAGCCCUAAUCACCACCUUAUCCCAAAUCAACUGGACCCCACUUUACCACGUAACUGCUUUAGAUGAUCAAUUCAACCUAUUCUCGAACAAACUAUCCUCUGUUAUCGAUAGUCACCUCCCUCUGCGCACCAUAAAGUGUUACCCUAAAGAUAAACCAUGGAUCACUGCAGAUAUAAAAAAAUUCAUUUCUAAAAGGCAGAAAGCUUGGUUAACCAGCAACACUAUCAUGUAUAACGUUUAUCGUAACAAAGUUAGAAAACUAUGUAAAUCUGCUCAUCAAUGCUACUACGAUAAGAAAAUCCUUAAUACCAGUGAAUCUAACCCCCAAAAAUGGUACGAUGACAUCAAGUCUAUUUCUGGUUUAUCUAAAUCGGAACCUUUUUCGAGCAUCUUCCAUGAUGGUGAGUUCAAAAGAGGUCCUGAGCUUGCUGAACUAAUUGCCGAAUCUUUCUGUAGUGUUUCAAACGAAUUGGCCCCACUCUGCUUCAAUAAGCUUCACAUUACAUCUGUUCCUGAUGAGUACAUAAUAUCAACCCAACAAGUUGAAAUCGAAUUGGAAAAGAUCAGUCUUCAGAAAGCAAUUGGCCCCGACAAUAUCCCCAACUGGGUACUGAAAUCAGCUGCACCGUUGCUCACUGGUCCAAUAUGUUCCAUCUUCAAUGCCAGCAUUGCACAAGGUUGCAUCCCGACACUCUGGAAAUCAGCAGACGUUAUCCCAGCGCCAAAACUAUCUAAUCCCAAAUCAAUUGAUAGCGACCUAAGACCUAUUUCUCUCACACCGGUGCUGAGUAAAUUAUUGGAAAGCUUUGUUUUUCGGUGGCUUUUUGGUUAUAUUAAACCAUCAAUCGACCCGCUCCAGUUCGGAAAUAUGAAAAAUUGCUCCACCACACACGCUCUUAUCCACAUGAUCCAUAACUGGCUAGCCGAAUUAGAAAACCCUGGUUCAACUAUCAGAUGUUGUAUGAUUGACUUUUCGAAAGCCUUUGAUCGCAUCGAUCACAAUAUUUUACUUCAUAAAUUACAACAACUCAACAUCCCUCCUAUCUUGUUGAAUUGGUGCGCUGAGUUCCUGCAUGACCGAUAUUUACGUGUCAAGCUUGGCCAGAAUAAAUCAACAUGGCGACAAAUAAAUGCAGGGGUUCCACAAGGUACAAAAGUUGGACCCCUCUUCUUCCUUGUGAUGAUAAAUGACUUGCAAACCAACACUCCAAUGUACAAAUAUCCACAUACGAAAUCGUUUCAAGAUCGUCCCCUACUUCAUUGCUUCAAGCUAAUAUAAACACUAUAAAUGACUGGACCAAUCACAACAACAUGCGCUUAAUGUAUCUAAAACCAAAGAACUGCGUAUAUCCUUUCUUAGAGUCCCUAUGGUAUUCGAUGCCCUCUCGUCAUCUGGUUUAAACAUAGAAAUCGUCCAGACCUUCAAACUUCUGGGAGUGAUAAUAUCAUCGGAUCUUACCUGGAAUGCGCACAUUGA